AUGAUGGCUUUUCCCCAGAUCGCGGCGCCGCCCCUGCCGGCCGAGACGCUGCAGCACAUUGCGCAGUACUUUUGCUCGUCGAACGAGAUGCACGCCUUUGUGACGGCGCUGCCGCAAGAAUUGUUAACGCUGCCGAUGGCCGCCUUGCGCGAGCUCUACGCCUGCGUGCGCGACGGUCGCCUCGUCGACACGAGCGCAGACCAGCCCAAGAUGGUGCAGCUCUGGCCCAACAUGGAGCUACCGAUGUCAUUCACGGACGCAACACUGCCCCGCUCGGUAGCAGACGCGCAGCUCGUGGCGCUUCUCAGAACGUACCUUUCAAUGCUGCCGCGCAUUUCGACACACGCCGGACGCAGCGUCUCGGACGUUGUUCCUCCAGGCACAAAGCUCUGUAUCGACGUAGUAAGCGCCGUGGACGAGCUUGAGCGUGCGGCGGAUCUCAGAAACGUUGAGGCGUUGCGCGUCAUCAUUCGGGACUGCUGCGACGGGUCGUGGCCGCCCGACGCCUUUGACUAUCUAAGCCGAAUGCCGACGUUGCGUGAGCUCCGCGCUUGCUGGGUCCCCGUGCGAAGCACCGCGCUCCAAACCAACUUUGUCAACAUGCUUGUGUGCUCGGGCAUCACGCGCUUGACACUGCACUACCACAACAGCGUCAGUAAAUGGUCCGCGGAGACGGCCAAGGCAUUUGUACGAUGGGUUUGCAACGCGCCCAUUUCAUCUCUGGAGCUCCGGAAUCUGCCUCUCAACAAGAUGAACGCGACGCGGCUCUCGGUCGGGAUUCUACAAUCGCGAACGCUCAAGGUCCUCAACGUAGCGGAAGAUCUAUCCAGUCUGCUCUUUGGCAUCAUCGUACAUCAGCCAUUCCUUUCGCAGGUGGGGCGCCUUGCCCUCCCUGCUCAGCUCGAGACACUCGAGGCCAUUGUUGAACAAGAACGGGACGUUGUCCGCUUUCUGCGCGUCGUCUGUGGCGCCAACCUACGCCACGUAUCCCUCUCCUGGGACGAGCCCCUCGGCGAUCGCACGGUGCUCGCGCUACCUCGAGUGCUCGCCAGUCUGCAGAACCUUCGAUAUCUCGAGCUUGGUGGCGACCCCAUUCGCCCCAUCGAUUUGGCCCCGCUGCGGCGCCUCGAACAUCUUGAGCUACAGCAAAGUUCUCUGGGCGACCUUGGUGUGAUCUCAAUGGUGCGGACUCUGCCUCAGUGUCGUAGGCUCCGAUUUCUGAGCCUCGUCGACCAAGAGUGCACGUAUGUCACGGCGGAAGCACUCGCCGAUGUCAUUCCUCACUGCCCGUCGCUCAAGACGCUCGAAUUGUCGUUCAACAACUUUGGCUCGGAAGGUUUGGUCGCUCUGUUGCCAAUCGUGGGGUCACUCGACGCCUUGCUGCUGCGGAACAAUGGCAUCGAUGUCGACGGUGCCCUCUUUCUGGCGACUCACAUGGAUGCCACAGCGCACCUCACCGAUCUCGAAUUGUCUGGCAAUCCCAUCGGCGAGUACGGUGUCAUCAGUCUCAUUCAUGCCAUGGCCACGUCGCCAGUUCAUCGAGGCGGUACUGUGGGCCUUUGCAAUACCGUCGACAACGCAGAGCACCUCGCACGUUGCUUGUCGUGGGCGGAUGCACUCCCGAACCGGGCGUGGUGCAAGCUCGAUGUCCUCUCGCACUAA